AUGGACAAGCUGGUGUUGAUGGAGCGGAGCUCGGCUGUGGUGUGGACCUGUCUGCUGGGGGCGACACUCACCCUGGGUAACAGUAAAUCAUUUCCUCUCUUACCUUGACGCACAGACCCGAUAAUUUAUGUAUGCUCACUUUGUUUUAGUGUUUGUUUGCGUGCGUGCUGCAUCAACAUUUAUAGUUAAUAAGUUUUAAACCUCAUCAUUCAAUCCUUUGUUUGGAUUUGUUAAUAUAUUGAAAAUAGGAAUGCUGUUAUUGACAUACUUAUCGAGAAGGAGCAACUCACGCAGGUAUUUAAGACCUAGUAUGAUCAUGUUGACUAUCCCCUUCGAGGAGCGAGAUGAACCAGAAAGACUAUAUUUGUGGAAGUGUAAUGCAUUCAAGCAUCCUGCUGAAUCUUGUCUGAGCCGCUCUUUGAACCUCGGGCCAAAUAGCAAUCCUCUCACCGAAUCAAUUGUGUGUGUGCUACCUGGUAAAAUGGGUAGCAGAUGUAAGAAUUCAAAGACGCGCUUCAAGAAUUCUUUAAAAACUAUGUAAGUGCUCCAGUUGAGAAACAGUCCUCUCUCAGAAAAUAUUCACACAUUUCCUGCUUGUUUACGCCUUAUUCAGUUACUUUCCUCUAGCUUUAAACAGUCAUGUUCUGCACAAAACAAAUCAGUCUUUCUUCUCCGUCCAUCUAGCUUUGCCUCCUGUUGUCUCCAUAACAACCUCGGAGACAGACCCCAGACCCCCUAAGCUGAUAAGCUGCGUGUUCAUGAAUCGAGUUAAUGUCACCUGCAACUGGGAGCCCGGGGACACUCCAGCAACACGCUACACCCUGCAAGUGAAGAGGAUCCCUUGGUGAGAUGAUGCAUUCCUUUAAUAUGUGCUAACAUGAGCAGGGAAGAGAGCUACACAGAUUGAGUCUCUGAGGGGAUUUCAUUCACAAAACCGCACUAUGAAAGUCAUAUCUUUAGAUAUGUUCCACCUUGGGUGAAUAAUUUAAGAGUGGAUUUUCCACCCUGAAGGAUGUGAAGUUUAUUAAAGGGGAAAAUACAUUAGCCUCCGUUUCAGGUGCUGAUAGGACUGUUGAGAGGCUCUUACAUGCUGCCAUAUCAAAGUGGGAUAUUUACAUCUCUGUUACCUCUUGUCCUAAAUGUGAGGUUAGGGUAAAGUCCUUCCUCCUUUGAGAUAAAAUCUUCUAUAUAGAAAAUAUUGCAGCUUUCCUAGUACCUUUAAAAAAAGUUGCUUGAGUCUUGUAAAUUUGUGUGACACACCACUGCUGUUCCGAAGAAGCACCCACAAUUCAUCAAAGGCCACUUCCACAGUGUCCAGUGAUAGAAUCUGUGUACAUUUUGCGACGUGUAACAUUGCAAACAAAGAACACAAAGCUCGGUCAACAAAUAUUACGGCUACCUAGACUCACCUCUCCACCCCAGUGCAGGUAAGACCGCUUCUUAUAUAAACUACCGGCUUCAAACACAGUGACCAUGUGACCCAAACCAAGCGAAACCAAUGACAACCAGACAGAAGGAACUGAUCACAGGAUAACCGAUUAGCAAAGCAACAUUAUGGUUCCUACAGGAAAUAUUAGAGGGCUGUAACAAAGGUAGGAAGGUGGGAAAUGGGGAGGAAAAGGGGUGAUGGCCGGGCUAGAAGGGCAGAACGAUGUUGUGUGUGUGUGAACCCUAGUGGUGUUGUAGCACAAACUCAAAGUGAACACAGGACUUAAUUUGCAGAAAUGCCACAGUUUGAGUUAUUAGCAUCACAUCAGGAAAGAAGACAUUUCUUUAGAGGGGAAAACAAACACUUUUCAUUCACUCUUUUUAUCGCGUCAUGUUUGAUUUCAGCUCCUACUCCGCGAGUCUGCAGCCUGCAUGACACACGUCAGCAUUCAGACUGGAGAUAAACAUUUUCCACUCAGUGUCUGGCACACAGGAAAUAGAUAUUCCUUUACAUAAACAUCAUAUCCGAUGUAUUCUGUAUUUGAUUAAUUCAUCAUAUUCACAAAAUUGUGCCUUUUCCAUCGCUUUCUCCUCAUGAUCAGAGCUGUCUUCACUUUUACAAAACAUUCCCACAUAAAAACGUCUCCUGACAUCAAUCAUUAUAAAUUCAAACACACCGCUCUCUAAUGAAUCACUGUUGUUGUUCCUGUGGGGUGUUUAUCAGUGUUGACAACAGUUGAAAACGAUCCUGUCAAACUGGAUCAGCUGUAUCUCUGCAGAGAUACAAGCGGCUGUGUUUUUGCAUGUUUUCAUGUCUUUGCCAGCGCUAUUGUUAGAUAGUAAGUCUCCAUAUGCAAAUGCUCGGUUUCAUAACCCACUUAAAAUCUCACUUUCAUGUGCGUCUGUGAUUGUGGGUUUGAUAUGAUGAAAAAGGCACAUUUCUUGCAGUUUGAUCUUUUUUUGUUUGUUGGGUAAAUGUCAGUUUUUUCCACCUAAAAAGAACAGCUUUAACAUGCUCUUUGAAAUGAUGACUGAAUUAUUGACCUUUGCUCAGCAUUUAAGAGACGAUUUUUGCUCCUUCUGCAUGACUGAGCGUUCAUGUAUUAGUGUUGUUAUUGUUCACCGUGGCGUGUAUUCGCUUGGCAGUUGUUGUGCGUCGAAUAAAAAGUGAAUGAACUCCAUGAUUAGUCACCUCCUUCUUAAGUUUCACUCUUUCUGUCUUUAUCUCUUUAUGCUUAUUCAAGGAUAUGGAGACUCAACAUCUCAUCCAACAUCCCUCUGACGACAUUCAGCUGCACCACGUCUGGCACCAGCUGUACGGCGGCGCUGAAUGGCUCAUCUGUGAGGUUCACAUUCUGCAUCGUCGUCACUGCUCACUGCCAGAGCGGGGAUGUCUUGUCGCAAAGUCGCUGUCAGUCUGGCAGAGUUGAAGGUGAGGCCUCUAUAUUUAAACUCUGAUUGUUCUUGUUUUGUUGCUCCCUCACUCCUCAUCUCUCUUUCUCUUUCUCUCUCUGUCUGACUCAGUGGUGUUGCCUCCAGUGAGUUUGAACAGUGUGAAGCCAGUCAAAGAGAGACCUCGGUGUCUGAAUGUCACCUGGGGUCUCGUCAUACUGGCUGACUUUCCUGUGUCUCACUUUGAAAUCAAAGCGGGGAACCUGACGUCUCAGAUACAGUUCACAGCAGAGGGACAGGUCUGCGAAUACAGAAUCUGCCGAAACACAAACCCUCACAUGAGAGUCUUAAAGGGAUAUUCUGGCGUAAAAUUAAUUUAGGGUCAAACGCACCGUAACACCGAGUUAGACACCCCCUUGAGGGAUGAAUGUUGCCAACCGCUUGCUUCUCUAGUUAUACCACCUUUAGUAACAACCACACGAUAGUGAUACACAGCGGUCUGAUGAGCCAUUAACAAACCUCAACCAAAACGCCACAAAUAAUGCUCAGAACAGCACCGAACUUCAUCAACAGAACAUAUAGGGUCCCAGAUACAGCACGAGCCAUCAAACACCUUUUUAACUUUGACUAAUUUCUUUAGCAAAGAGACUAAACACAACUCACCUACUCUCUUCCAGCAGCCGCUUGUUUGUAGAGAGACCUCAGGCCAGUCCAUUACGGACUACAGCGGGGUGGCGCAGCUCAAGGAAGAACAUUUAUGAUCAUCACUUUAUCAUUUCUUUGAAGUAAUGAUCCGCAUAUUAAUCAUUUUGCACUGCAGACAUGGUAGUUCUUCUGCCUUAGUGUCUCGGUCUGAUUGUAUUUCCAAGAAGAAAUGAUCAUAAAUGUUCUUCCUUGAGCUGCGACACCCCGCUGUAGUCCGUAAUGGACUGGCCUGAGGUCAUUUUGCUACAAACAAGGAGGAGAGUAGGUGAGUUGUGUUCAGACUCUUUGCUAAAGCAAUCAGGCAAAGCGAAGCAAAUUGUUACGGUGUGUUUGACCCUAAAUUAGUUUUUAUGCCGGAAUAUCCCUUUAAGAUCAGCUGUAAUGUAGAAUAUCAUGGAGUAAUAAAUAAAUGUUUCAUUUCAUAUAAGCAAGGGGAACACAUUAUAAUAACUGCAUUGCUCUCUUUCUGAAUCACCAACCUCUUCUGUCUUGUUUCUCUUUCUUAAAAAGUUGGAUGUUCAGGUCCAAAAUGUGACCGUGAGAGACUACAGCUUCCUGGUUUGUGUCUUCAGACCUGAUACAAUAUACAGUGUCAGACUACGUCACCGUUUCAUGGGCCCAAUGAGCCCCUGGAGCCUGUGGAGUAAUGAAGACCGAGGAAGAACAGGAGAGGCUGGUAAGAGGGAGUUUAUGUGUUUUAUUAAAAUCUCUUGCCUUCUUGAUACAGACAGCACUGGUGGCUCAGAUCAGGAACUAUAACAAGACUGAUAUUCUCAAUAGAGUGGUGUGCAUUUAAGCAGGUGGUCAAAUCAAAUACAACCUCUACAAACACAGUUUCCUGCUGAGAGUUGAGCAGAUGUAGAUUAUACUCUGACCAUACAAAGACUGUGUGGGUCAUAGUAUCAGCGCUGGAACCCCAUAUUCUCACAGCAAUGAUCACAAGUGACCCCAAGGGAACAGUUACAAACACUGUACCAAUAAAACAUAUCAUAUAAACUAUGUGGUCAAACUCCCAUGACCCCAUGAGAGAGAAAAACAGACCUAGACUAGGGAGAAAUAUCCAUCUCAGAAGAUGACCUUCAUGGAAACCCUGACAAACAAGGUGUUAAAAUCCAUCCAAAAGAGGACUUGAAUGUGGGUUUCACUUCUCAUAGCAAUCCCUCUGAAGGGUUUACAGACAUCUGACUUCAAACAUUAAAAAGAAAAUCACAGCUGAUCCAAUGCUGACGUUUUAAUGCAAAUUUCCCACUCCUUGAAAAUCUACAUGUCCUCCUCGGGGUUAAUCAUGAAUCUGGCAGAGAUGAUCGUCCGGCCCUCUAAGGAAUAUUUGCAUUUAGUUGACUAAAUUAUUUAAAACUAUCACCUUUGCUUGUCAGCAUCAGUCUGACAAAUUAGUAAUACAUCCAUUAUUGUUGGCCCAGCGCAUCAGUUUGACAUUGUUCACCCAGCCUCUGAGAUCCUGGCUGUUUUGAAUAGAUUCGGCUCAAGUCGACUGUUUUCUUGCCUUCAUACCAGUCAGUCUACCAAAGUUAAUAUUUACAUUUCCUUUAAGUCCAGAAGGGCUUAGACUGAUGAUAUCUUUAUGGACACAUGGCCGCCCCUCAUGGAUAACUUGCCUUAAGGUCUGAGUAAAACUGUACGGAGGGGAGAUGGGGGUUUAGGGGGUCCCAGACUGAGCUGACUGGUGAUAAAAAAUACUUUUUUUAUAAGUACAAAGACACAUAUUUCUUUAAUUGAUGACACAUUGUUGUGUUGUUGUUGUUUACCCUUCUUUUUGUUUCAUUUUCCUUUUUUUCCCCCUCAUGUUUUAUCCCUUUCUUAUCAUUUUCUACCUUAUUUGAAUCAAAAUGUUGUCUGGUUCGAUGUAAAUUACGAAAAUAAAAUAAAAUCUAAAAAAAAAAAACAGAAAAAAGAAAAAAAAACAGUAAAGCAAAAGUUUCCACUUCAAGCUUUGAUUGUUGAAAAUGUAUGUAAAUGUGGCUUCUAGCACCUUACUAUGUGUGUGCCAUGCUUUAUAUUAAUCAUAUUGACCCUCCUUUAAACCCACCAGCCCCUUUUGCAGCCCCGGCUUUUUGGAGACGAGUGAAACAAACAGAUACGGACGGGCGGAGACUGAUCUCUCUUCUGUGGCAGGUGUGUGUGUGCGCGCUUGAGUUGAAACGUGUGUGAAUUUGAGUCAUGGGUGCUCAUAUCACUCUGAGCCUCACAGUUUAAUAACCUUUACAUCUUUGGAUUUUUCAAUCACCCUCUGUCUGCUCAUAAUUUUCUGUAAUACCUCCAUGAAAUGAGUCAUUCAUUGGUUUACAGUCAGAUUAGAGGUUGAAAGGAGAGAGAGAGAAUCAAUCAAAUCUGGUUUUAUGAAUCUUAAUUUAAGUCUCCAUCAUCUUACAGCCGCUCAGUUUAACCUGUUGCUUCCUGUUUGCUCUCCUCCUGGUUUGUAAUGCGUAGCCCCUACCUCGAUCCCUGGCCAGUGGCAGAGUCCUCUUCUACAACGUGACCUGUGAGACUCAAAGCAGUGAAGUUCUGAACGAUCGUGGCAGCUGCGAGGAUUUGGACCAUGCGAGUUUGUCCUGUAGUUUGUCCCUCCCGGCUGGACGGUGCUCAUGCGCUCUGACAGCAUCCACAUCCGGAGGGACUUCACCAGAAACACGGAUAUGGCUCCUCGGGGCUUUUGAAACAGGUACUAAAAAUGAGACACUUUAAAUUUGUUGUUUUGAGUGACAAAGUGCAGAAGAUCUUAUUCCAGUGUCUCAACUUAGCUUUUAUGGCUUUUAUUCCUCCUGAACCGAAGAAGAUAUUUCCUCAUGUAGCGUCCAGAUGAUGUUGGUAAAGAUUCUUGUAUGUGUGCCAGAGCGCAGAUAAAAAGCCUGAUGAUGAAUAGCUUUUAUGGUAACUUCUGAUGACAGCUAUUCCUGCAAUCUACGCAGCUCGACAGGUGUGUGGAGGCAGCUUCUUUCAGAGUUUUUUUCUCUUUGUCAUUCUUCAUAGAUGAACCUGUCACCUGUUUUUUUUUUUGUACAUCAGAGUGAAACAAUACGAAUGUCUUCAAAGAGGCAUGAUUGGUUUAUGAAGUGAUCGAUUGACGCAGCAGCUGUCGUCCACUCAUUGUCACAUGUCGCAUGUCUGUAUGCCAAAAGCUGCAGCUUGAACUUAGUCUAAACUUAUCACCCAAAUUUGUAAAGCAGUCUGAGAAAUCACAGACCACCCGGCAUAGUAUCAUCUCACAGUUCAAUGACUUUGACAGUGAAGACAAGAAGAUGCUGAACUACAUUUUGCACACAUUUCAACAGCAUGGAGGUGAAGUAGAAGAAUCCAGGUGUGGGUAUGGCCUACCGCCAGUGCAUGUCAACCACUGAAAACAUUUGGCAUCAUAAAAUGAGGUCAAAAGAGCUCCAGAAACUCUUGUAGUUCAGGAAAAACAGCUUUAUUUGACCUACGCCUAACGGCUUGUGGCCUUCAUCAGGAAAAUGAGAAAUACUACAGGGGAGACUGAAGGGAGCUUUCUCCACCCUCAGUGCCCUCAUUUCAGAGAAUAAUGCCAAGGGAGUGUCCUCUUGUUUGUCUGUAGUAAAAACAUUAUAAAAGGUUUCCUCUGGUGUCUUCUCUAUGACAGAGGACUAGGGCCACGUUAAAGUAAAAAAUGUAAGACUUUGAGAUUUAAGUCGUUAACUUACGAGAAUAAAUUCAUUACUUACGAGAAUAAAGUCCUUCUAUUCUAACCUGUUGUUUAAGAUGACAGUUGUUGAAAUAAGAGCCAUGGAGCAUUUCAUGAAAAUGUACUUCAAUAAAGGUUUCUCCUACAAGGAGAUACUAAAUCUUUUGGCACAUCAGCACCUCAUUAUCAUGAGUAUCAUAAAGAUUUGAUUACAACUUUAUUCUCGUAACUAAGGAUUUUAUUACGACUUUAUUCUCGCAAGUAAUUACUUUAAUACAGCUUUAGUCUUGUAAGUAAUUACCUUAUUACAACUUUAUUCUCUUAGGUAAGUUACUUAUUCAUUACGACUUUAUUCCUGUAAGUAAUUACUUUAUUAUGACCUUAUUCUCAUAAGUAACGAUUUUAUUACUUUAUUCUUGUAAGUUACUUAUUUAUUACAACUUUACUCUUGUAAGUAAUCAUUUUAAUACGACUUAAUUCUCUUGAGUAAUGAUUUUAUUAUGACUUUAUUCCCAUAAACAAUGACUUUAUUCUUGCGAAUUAAUGACUUUGACCUUAAUUACUUUUUUUUCUUAAUGAGGCCAUAAUACUCUGUUGUUCUUUUUGGUGGGAAACAUUUGAAAAAAUUCCUGCUUGGCUGCUCCUCAAGUGAAUAAAAGUGUUUAGAGACCAUCUGAAUACCCUUAUAUGGAUAAAACCUAUAAGUAACUCAACCUUGUGUUUUAUGAAGUCAGUAAAGUCAGUGUGACUUCAUGUGAUUUUACGUUAGACCACUCAGUAUUAAAAUGACUUUGUGAAAAAUAACAGAUCAAAACUCAUGUUUUUAUAAUCUCAUAUUUAAAAGUUUCUGUCUUGUUUCUUUUCCUUUUUCAGAGCCGCCUCCUCCGAGCAGCCUUGCUCUAACUCCACUGGAUGACGGCAGGUUGGAUGUUAACUGGACAUCAUCGAGUGAUGAACAAUCGAGCGGUUUCGUGGUGGAGUGGUUUACUGUCAGAGAGAAGAACAGCAGCAUCCUACACUGGGAGAGGCUGAACAGUUCCUGCACGGCAUUAGUCAUCACAGGUGAUCCCACGACUCCUACAACAGUUUGACGUGUGGAACGAUACGCUUGAGAUUGCAGGGUUAUUAAAUGUCAAAGAGGGAACUUUUAAAAAUCAAUCCAACAGUUAAUCGCCUGCUUUACCUGAUUUAUGUGUUGCCACAGAAGGAGUUAAGCCGCUGGAGCGUUUGGCUGUUUCUGUCAGAGUGCUGUACGGUGAAAGAGGGGCGGGGCAGAACAGGACCGUUGAAGUUUACACGCGCCAAGGAGGUACUGUAUGGUCAUCUUCAUCGUUCUUCUUAUGCUGUUUGCCUAAAAUGAAAGUAGAUCCUCAAAGAAGGAUACAACAAGAAGUCCAAACGGUUUAAAUCUGAUAUAUCAGCCCCCACUCCCUUUUUUUCCGUCCCAUCCUCUAUAUACAUCUCUCUCUCUUUCAUAAUGCAUCGCACAUCUUAGUUUGAUUCAUUUAUUCCCCUCCUGGCGUGCUGACCCAGUUAACGCAGAGAUGCCGUGCACCACAAAAACACGGUCGAAGUUUUCACGCAAAUCUAGACUUAUCUCCGCCCUCAUCUGUGUCACCAGAUAAGUUCAGCUAGCUUUUGAAGAAAACAUCCAUUUUUAUCACACCUCCUGUCAUGAAACAGAGAUAGUGAUCGGGCAUCUUCUCACGUCACGCCUGAGCAGAAAAAUCCUAUACUCAAAAUAUAGGCAGUGGUUGAGAGCAGAGAGAUGCAGUUCUUUAACUCAUUAUCACAUCAUUAUUCAGCAUGUUUCCAGCCUGGUUCUUCUUAUUCGUUCACACUUAGAGAGUGUUUUUCUAACUUAACUGUUAUGAUCAUUUCAGGCCUUUGACUUAUGGAAAAUUGACUGACAGGUGGGUGGGUUUAAGUCGUUUUCCAGGACUCUCAAGGCCCGCUCCAGUUCCACUCUUUCCCCUCUCUCUUUAAUCUGAUAGAAAGUAAGGUGGAUAUAGCAUUUUAAAUAUGGCGGCUGCUGUUUUCAGGCUUUUUUGUCCCUCACUGUGUCUGCAUCCUUGUUUUAUACAGUCAGUGAACAGACCCCCUGUGGUUGAUCCUCUCGCCCCUCUCCCUUUAAAGCCCCCUUAGCCGGUCCUCUGGUAGAAGUGAAGCAGAUCUCUGGCAGCACAGUCGAGCUCACCUGGACUACCGCACCCGUGGAGCUGCUUCACGGAUUCAUCCGCAACUACACGCUCUACUUUAAAACAGCAACACGACCAGCCAGGAGUGAGUCACACACACACACACUUCACGGUGUAUUUUUCAAAUUGUAUUAGUUUUUGUGUUUUCCUCAUCUGUCGUUGUUCGUUCAGGUGUGUCUGUGCCCGCUCACGCUGUCAGUUACUCUCUGAGGAGUCUGUCACCUGGUACCUACGACAUCUUCAUGCAGGCGAACACUGACGCUGGAGCAGGAGCAGCUGGACCUGUUGCUAAUGUGCACAUAGGUGGAGACAUGACACACACACACUCUCACACACACAUGUUUCAAUUAUUAUAAAGAGGGAAAUUGGGUUUUCAGCAGGUGUUAAAAUAGGGUGACCAUAUUCUGACUUGCCAAAAAGAGGACACAGAGUUACACAAAGUUAUUUUACUUUACACCACACUCAACUCAACUCUCGCUUAAUCUUCAAGUGUGUGUCUUUGUACAGUUGUGUUCUCAUCUGUGUGUCUGAAGGCUCUGAGGAAGUCUCCGCACUGAUGUGGACCAUCCUCCCUCUCACACUCACUUCCAUGAUGCUCAUGCUGAUUGCCUGUUUGUUACAGACCAAGAUGUAAGAUCACAUAUAACUCUGUUCCCUCAUUAGUUGAAAGUCCGUGGCUGAAACCUCUUGCUCCAUUUGAUGAAAUACGUGCUUUAUAACAAUCUUACAGGGUGAAACAGAAGCUGUUUCAAGAUGUUCCCGAUCCUUCCAAUAGCAGCUUGGCUCACUGGAUCCCAGAACCGACCUUAGAGGUAAACCCUUGAGCCCUUGAAUCAUGACUGAAAUACAAACAUGAUGAUCAUAUGGUAUUUUCUUCAAAUCAGAGUAUUAGGAGCACAUUGAAAAAAGUCACAGUAUAGAUGACGUGACACAACAACAUCUAGUUAUCUCAGAUUUUGUCAAGUUUGUUCCCAUGCAUGAAAGAGAAUCUAUUUUUUUAAUCCUUUUUGCACAAUUAUAGGUUUUCAGUUUAGUUUAAUUGUCAUCUAUAAAGGCGUGUAUCUUCCAACCUACAUGAACAAGGUUAAUAUCUUAACCACUAGAUGGCAGCACACGCCAAAGUGCCAUAGCUCAAGCACUUUCAAGCAUUUAAUUCACAGUACAGGACCUAAACUACACUUAUCUAUACUGCAAUUUAAAUUUUUUAUAAAGCUGAUUUUAUAUUUUUAUCAGGACUGAGCUCAAUAAAGGGAUCUGAGAAAAAAAAGUUAAAAAAAAAUCUGUGUUAUUGUUUUUUACAGCAGCUAAAGGUAACGGCUAAAAACGUCCACGAACAGGACGAAAGGGUGUCAAAUUUAAAAUCUGAUGCUGCGCAAAAAAAUUAUAAUGCAUCAAGGCCAAUGUUGUUACUAAUAUUUGACAUAUCCAAGGGUGUGAUAGCAUGUAAAAAAUCUCCAGCCUCUGAUUAUUUUUUAUAUUAAAAAUCAUUUUUUGUGGGUUUUUUUCUCACCAAAUCAGUGACAACACCUCUGAAAUUGGUAUUUAAAGGGUUAAAAUCCAUAAGAAUAUAAAAAAAAAUAAUAGUUCUGAUAAAGACUGAGGUUAAUGAAGAGAUUUGAGCAAAAAAAAUGAAAAAAUAUUUAUCCGAUAUGUUUUUACAGCAGCUAAAGUUAGUGUCUGAAAAUGUCCACUAACAGGAUGAAAGGGUGUAAAAUUUUAAGCCGUCCACAAGAAGUCCUAAAUAUGCUGGUUUCUCCUCUCUGUGAGAGACUGCAUGAGGAAAGAGUGACUCCAGAGUGAUGUUCCUGAGAGUACAAAUACAGGGAUUUCCUCGUCUAAAAUACAUUCUGAGAGUCUGGAGAAAUCUUUGCUAACGAAUUUUGGCUGCAUUUUACAAACGUGACUGUUGUGAAAAUCAAUCUCAUCUAAUAAUUGUUAUCUUUGAACACAGUUUGUUACAGCCUCCAUAUAUAGGGUUAAAUUUUAAAGUUUAAAAAUGUUUAAAUUAAGGUUUGGUGUUUGAAAAGAAGAUUAAAAACAAGUAAAAGUAACUUAAUUAAACUUGAUUUAAGCACCUGGUUUCUCUUCUCCUCCUCAGAGUAAGAAAUGGCUGGCUAUCGCAGAUGACUGCAUGAUCAAACACUCUGCCAUCCUCCUGCUCGGUGAAAGAGAGCUGCUGAACGCAAACCUCGAUGAAGGCCUCACCUAUAAAAGUGUGUGUAACCUCCAAACAUAUUCCUACACACGUUACUCUCAGCUGCCAGUUUUGGGGGCCCAGACUCUUCAAAAUGACAGAAAGUCAACCUCCAACACUGAUCUGCCCUCAGUCUACUCAGAUGUCCUCAUCUCUCAGAUGCUUCAAAGUCUCCCAAAACCCCUCGUUUCGCCCUCUGAUCUCCGGUUCAAUGAGUGGCGGCAAAGAGUCAGUGACAUGGAGCCGCAGCUAGAGGGAGACAGUGACCUGGAUAGAGGAGCCUCAAAAUCAGAGCUUUCCCAAAUAGAUGACCUGAAAAUCUUCUGUCACCUGCAGAGACAGAGUCAAAGCCCCGAUUCCAGCAGCAUUUCUCAUUCCUCCUCAGUGUGGAUUUCUCAUCCACCUAACAUGAAAUCCCCCCAGCACCCUCUCACCAAAUACAUCUAUAACUCCGUCCCUCCGCUCCAGCGGGACGCCCUCGGCUGCUCUGAUGCUGUCUGUGACACUGUGUCGCUUCUGCCUUUCCCUGGAUCAAUUUUUGUGGAUUUCUCCUACAGUCCUGUGGAGUAUGACUGUUGCAUUCCUCCUGCUGUUUAG